CUCCUCACGGAUGGGCUUUCCCGCUGGUUUUGCUGACUGGGAAUGUUUUAAGGGGAUGUUUUACGGUUGGAUUUGCUGCUGGAGUCGUGGUUCCCUUUCCCCGCUUCCAGCCCCCCCCCCCCUUUUCCCACCUCAUCCCUGCUCCCAACCAUCGCUAUUCCGGAGUGAUCAGAUCCCACCCUGACUGCAGGAAUGGGUGAAAAGACAGGGAAUGAGGAUGCUUGGGAUGGGUUUUCUGGCAGGUCGGUGUCCCAUUAUUGGGAUCAUGGAUGGGAUGGGGGGGGGGUCAAUGGCUCCGAGGUCAGAUCCGGAGCGGCUGCACAAAGGCGGCUCCGCAGUCGAGGAAAUCGGGAAGGGUUAUAUAAGGAAGCCUGGGAAGUUUGCGUCAUCCCGGAUGGGGAGGGGGCCCAGGGGCCAGAGCCGGGCGCUCCCUCCCCUCCCCCCCCGCCAUUCCCAUCGUUUUCCAUCACUUUUUAUUCUCCUGGAGCAUUUUCUGGCUGUUUUACCCCCAAAAUUUGGCCAAUUCCCAGGAAUUUUUAGCUGGUUUUUAGAGUUUUUAGGUCUUCCCCCCCCCCCAUUUGAGGGCUUUUGGAAUUCCCACAUCCCAAAAAUGCCGGGGUGGGAUGAGGGGUGAGGCCUCUGGAGCCGGACAUGGAGCCAGGAUUCCCUGCUCCCAAUAAAUGGAGUUGGGUAAAAACCCCAAAUUUGGGAGGGAAGAGGGAAAGAAGCACUUUUUGGGAAGGGAGGAUUUUCCUCCUUUCCCACUUUUCCUGCUUCCCAUCAUUAGGUUUGGACUUGACCUGGAACUGCAGAAUCAGGGACUGGGCCAGUAGUGGUAUCUGGAAUCUGAGGGAUCCAGGGCAUCCAGGAUCUGGGAGAUCCAGGAUCUGGGAAUUCUGGCAUCUUGGAAUCUGAAGGGUGGAAAAUCCAGGAUCUGGGAGUUCCAGGGUCUGGAAAAUCCAGGAUCUGGGAGUUCUAGUAUCUUGGAAUCUGAAGGGUGGAAAAUCCAGGAUCUGGGAGAUCUGGAAUCCAGGGGAUCCAGGGCCUGGAAUAUUGGGAGUUGGAAAUCCAGGCUCUGGAGAUCCAGGAUGUGGGAGAUCCGAGGUCUGAGCCCAGAGUGUCAGAGCAGGGCCAGGUGUUCCCCCUGUUGGGAUCCGGGAAUGGGAAGAGCAGAGCCCCUGGAGCCAUUUGCUCCAGAGGAAUUCCUGUUCUGCCACAUCCUGGCCAGCCUUCCAUGCAUCUUCCCAAAUCCUUUCCCGUAUUCCCUCAUUCUCUUCACCUCAUGCAUCUGCAGGACCGGGAGCAGCUGCUCCCCCCGGAUCCCAGGAUGGCUCCAUCCCGCUCUGAGGCUGUUUCUAAGGGCUUUUCAGGGAUUUUCCCUUUGUUUGUGUCUCUUUAAAUCCCGGAGCUCCUGGAGAAGAACCUCUGGGAUCCACCCUCAGACUCCCUCACCUGCCUCAGAAUUCCUGUCCAGGUGUUUCUCCAGGUUUCUGGACCCCACCUGGAGUUGUGGGAUCCAGAGCAGUUUUCGUUCCGUCCUGGAGUUUUUCUCCCUUCCCUUCCCAUCGGAUUCCUGCAGAUCUGGCUCUGACCACGGAGCCGUUAAAUCCUAAUUACCUUUUUAGGUUGUUAUCCUUUUCCUGCCGUUCCUUGGGAAUGCUUGCCCUGGGAAUCAGCCAUUUUGUGCUCCGUGUCGGAACGCGCUUCCUGGUGCCGGGAUGUGCCGAUCCCGCAUGGAAUCGGGAGCAGCUCCCGAGCAACUCCGGGCUCCGCAUUCCAACCGGAUGGCUCCGGAUGAGGAGCCAACUCCGCAGAUUUCCCACGGGAUCAGAGCAGUUUUCUGUGGGAUUUGGGGGGUUUUGGGGCAGCAGGAAUGUGCCCAGGGGAGUUGGAUGAGUUGGAUCCCAUCCCUGAUCCUGGGAAGAUGGGGCUUUAAAUGGCUUUCUCUCCCAUAAAUAUCAGGAUUUUUUAACAUCCGAAUGGGACCAUUGAGCAAUUCCUAGAUCCAAAUCCCUGGAUUUGGAGGGACUGGGGCGAUGAUUCAACCUCUUGGAACAUUUUAGAUCCAGCCUGGAUGUGCCGGGAGGGCAUCAGGUCCCACCCAACAUCCCGGAUAACGUGGAACGUUGGGUUUGGAUGUUGAUUCCUGACCUGCCAGAUCUCUCCUGGGAUUGAUUCGGGAAUUCCAGCCCCAAAUAGUUGGGAAUUGGAGGGUAUAUCCGUGUUGCCUCCUGGGCUUAUUCCCACUGAGAAUUCCGGGCAGGAGCAGGGACCGGGACUUGGGUGGUGAAUGAGAGACUCCCGGGAUGUGCUGGAAUGGUGUUCCUGGUGCUCAGGAAGGAAUCCUUGGAGCUGAAUUCCCAAUGCUCCACCCUCCCAGUGUCCCUUCUUCCUCGUGCUGGAUCAGAGAUCCAGGAGAAGGAGCUGGAAUGUCGUUGGGCAGUGAGGAUCCCUGUGCUUGGGAAGAGCAGGAAUUUCCCUUCCAAGGGAAUAUCCAAGGGCUUGGGAUGCUCCAGGAAGCUACUGCAGGUGUCUCUUCCUGAGAAUACUGGAAUUCUGGGCUGGUUUAUUUGUGAUUUCCCACUCCUGCUCCCUUGGAGCAGGAUCUUGGGAUCCACCUUGACUCUUCCAGAGCUGCUGGAAUUCCCAGUGCUGCUGGAGCAGAGUCAGGAAAACAGGGAGACCUGGAGUCACUGGGACCACAUGGAUCCCUUGUGGUGGAUCAGGGGUCAUCCUAGGUGGAUCAGGGAUCAUUCCUGGUGGGUCAGAGAUCAUCCCAGGGGUGGAUCAGGGAUUAUAGCCUCUCCAUUGGCUCCGGAGGGUCCGAGGCCAGGAAUAGGGGCUGGAAGACCAACGUGGAGAUUGACUCAAUGGAAAAACCUCCAGGAAGGGACUGGAGCCUUGUGGGGCUUCCCUGGAAAAACUCCAUCUGGAAUUAACUCCUAGUGCUGCCAACUUUUGGUUCUGGAUCCCAUUGGAUAAACCCCAGGAUAUUCUCCAUCCUGGUCGCAUCUCUCCCUGGGUAUUCUCCCUUUUCCACUGGAAUAUCCCUGGUUUUGGCCCAACUCCUUCCGACCUUUCCAAUCCUCCCGCUGGCAUUUUUUUGGUUGGAUGUUUUCCCUGUGGGAGCCGGAUCUAAUAUCCAUGGAAAACGGGGAGCUGCUUUGUUUGUCUGGGAAUGCCAAACCUGUCCUACCAGGCGGGAGAAGCGCACGGAGCCAAUGGAAUGCGUCAGGGAGCGCGUGGAGCAGGAGCCACGAUCCCCCGGAAAACUGGGAAUUGCCACUGGGACGACGUUGUCUGGCAGACUGGGAUUCCUGGAAAGCAUUCCAAGGUCAGCCCUCCCUGCUCAUCCCACCCUGGCAGCCUCUGGAAUCUCAGCUCUACUUUGACCCCAGGAUCCUGUUUCCAGGACAGUGUUCCUGGGACAAUCCCAGUUGGAGGCGCCCCAUGGAUUUGGCUCCUGUUUUCCCUGGGUUUUGCCACCAUUUGGGAAUUCCGUUCCAGGGAUGAUGGUUGUUUAAAGUGGAGUGUAGGGAGAGGCGGCUCCUGUUCCCUGGGAUGUGCUGAUUCCCGGGAGCGGGACCGGAGGCAGCAGGGCUGGAUGAGCCGGUUUGGGAUGUGCCGGGACCGGAGUGGGGCCUGAACUUCCCACUGUCCCGGCUCCAGAGCCGCUGGGUCCCUGGGAUUGGAAUAACUCCUGCUCCUCGCUGCCGAGUAUUGGAUGGAAUCGAGGGCUCUCCUGUGGCUUUCCCACUGGAAAUUCCCGGUGGAUCCUCCCCUGCCCCCUCCAGCCGAGGGGCCUCGUUUGAUCUGGAAUCCAAAGCCUCACUGACUUUUUAUUGGAUCUGGCCAAGCCUGGAAAACCUCUGGAGUGGAUUAAAUACCAACGGGCCCCGUUCCUGGAUGGAGCGGAUGACGGAGGACGCGCUGCGGCUGAACCUGCUCAAGCGGGGCCUGGAGACGGGGCCGGAGGAACGCGAGGACGUCCUGGCCAAACGGCUGAAGAUGGAGGGCCACGAGGCCAUGGAGCGGCUCAAGAUGCUUGCCCUGCUCAAGAGGAAGGACCUGGCAGGGCUGGAGGUGCCCCACGAGCUCCCAGGAAAGCCCGACGGGAUCAAGGGCUACGAGGAGAAGCUCAACGGGAGCCUGAGGCCCCACGGGGAUGGGAGGGGCUCGGCCCGGCCCGGCAAGGAGAACAUCAACGACGAGCCCGUGGACAUGAGUGCCAGGAGGAGUGACCCGGAGCGGGGCCGCCUGACGCCAUCCCCAGACAUCAUCGUGCUGUCGGACAACGAGGCCUCCAGCCCCCGCUCCAGCUCCCGCAUGGAGGAGCGGCUCAAGGCCGCCAACCUGGAGAUGUUCAAGGGGAAGAGCCUGGAGGAGCGGCAGCAGCUGAUCAAGCAGCUCCGGGACGAACUGCGGCUGGAGGAGGCCCGACUGGUGCUCCUGAAGAAGCUGCGGCAGAGCCAACUCCAGAAGGAGAACGUGGUCCAGAAGACCCCUGUUGUCCAGAACGCCGCCUCCAUCGUGCAGCCGUCGCCGGCCCACGUGGGGCAGCAGGGCCUGUCCAAGAUCCCGGCCCGGCCCGGAGCCCAGGGUGUGGAGCCACAGAACUUACGGACACUGCAGGGGCACUCGGUGAUCCGCUCGGCUGCCAGCUCGGCGCUGCCCCACAUGUUGAUGUCCCAGCGCGUCAUCGCCCCCAACCCAGCGCAGCUUCAGGGGCAGCGGCUGCCGCAGAAACCCGGCCUGGUGCGGAGCAACACCCCCAGCAUGACCCCCACCAUCAACUACCAGCCGCAGUCCGGCUCAUCGGUGCCGUGCCAGCGCUCCUCGUCCUCUGCCAUCUACAUGAACCUCGCAUCCCACCUCCCAUCGGGCUCCGUGGCCCGCGUGUCGUCGCCGCUGCCGAGCCCCAGCGCUCUGUCCGACGCCGCCAAUUCCCAGGCAGCCGCCAAGCUCGCGCUCCGGAAGCAGCUGGAAAAGACACUCCUGGAGAUCCCGCCACCCAAGCCGCCGGCGCCGCUGCUGCACUUCCUGCCCAGCGCCGCCAACUCCGAGUUCAUCUACAUGGUGGGGCUGGAGGAGGUGGUGCAGAGCGUCAUCGACAGCCAGGGGAAGAGCUGCCCGGUGUCCCUGCGCGUGGAGCCCUUCGUGUGCGGGCAGUGCCGCACGGAUUUCACGCCGCACUGGAAGCAGGAGAAGGGCGGGCGCAUCCUGUGCGAGCAGUGCCAGACCUCCAACCAGAAGAAGGCCCUGAAGGCCGAGCACACGAACCGCCUCAAGAACGCCUUCGUCAAGGCCCUGCAGCAGGAGCAGGAGAUCGAGCAGCGGCUCCAGCAGCAGGCAGCCCUGUCCCCCACGGCCGCUCCUGCCGUUCCCAGCGUUGGGAAACAGGAUGGGAUCCUGCGGCACCACACGCUCCGGCAGGCCCCGCAGCCCCAGAGCAGCCUCCAGCGCGGAAUUCCCACCUCCGCCCGCUCCAUGCUCUCCAACUUCGCCCAGGCCCCGCAGCUCUCCGUGGCCGGGGGACUCCUCGGGAUGCCAGGGGUGAACAUCGCCUACCUGAACGCCGGGAUCGGCGGCCACAAAGCGUCGAGCCUGGCGGACCGGCAGCGGGAAUACCUGCUGGAUAUGAUCCCGCCCCGCUCCAUAUCCCAGGCCAUCAGCGGACAGAAAUAGCGCCCGCUGCCCCCACCUGCCUGCAGUGCCUGCACUGGGCCAACUGGGCCGGACUGGGCCAGACCAGGCCGGACUGGGGCCUCCGCUCCGGGGAAACGCGACGAGAAACCGGAAAAAAUCCCACCUGGGAAAACAGACAGACAGACAAACCGACCCCACCCCCACUUCAGACAGCGCCCGCUCCUUCUCCCAGCCCCAAUUCCCUUGGUUUUCCAGCAGGGAUCGCUCCCUGGGCGUGAGGCUGGGGCGGCUCCGGCUGCUGGCCGCUGGUUUUGUAUUGCCGACGCUUUUUCCUUGUGUUGUGGAUUGUUUUUUUGCCCUUUUUUCCUUAUCCCCCCCCCAUUUUCCUUCGCUCCCUGGAUGGUUAAAGCUUUUUUACCCCUUUUCCAGAAGAGACUUUGGCAGGGCACCUUCCCAGAAUUCCAGGCCCCAUGGGGGGGAAUUUAAGGGCAGCCUGUGCUGAUUCCGGGGGGAGUUGGGGUCCCAAACCCCCUUUGGCUCUGAUCCCAGGGGUCCCAAACCCCCUUUGGCUCCAAUCCCGGGGGUCCUAAACCCCCUCAGCUCCAAUCCCAGGGUGUCACAGCACCCCCAGCUCCGAUUCUGGGGUGUCACAUCCCCCUUGGCUCCAACCCUGGGAGCCAUAAAUUCCUUUGGCUCCCAUCCCAAGGAUCCCAUACCCCCUCAGCUCCAACCCCGGGGUGUCCCAACCCCCAGGGCUCCGCAGAAGGAUCCACGAGACACCGAUCCUGACCCUUUUGGAUCCAAUCCCGGGGUGUUACAACCCCCUUGGCUCUGCAGGAUCCAGGAGACGCCGAUCCUGACCCCUUGGAUCCCAUCCCAGGGAUCACAAACCCCCUGGGCUCCGCAGAAGGAUCCAGGAGACGCUGAUCCCGACCCCUCAGAUCCCAUCCCAGGGCACCACAACCCUGUUGGCUCCGCAGAAGGAUCCAGGAGACGCCGAUCCCGACCCCUCGGCUCCGAUCCCGGGGAUCACAAACCCCCUCGGCUCCAAUCCUGGCGUGUCCCAACCCCCUGGGCUCCAGAAGGAUCCAGGAGAUGCCGAUCCUGACCCCAUGGAUCCCAUCCUGACCCUUUGGAUCCCAUCCCGACCCUGGGGCUCCCUCAUCCGGAGCCUGCUGGGUGUCCCUGGACGUCCCUGGGACCAACGGACAGAGCUGGACCCACCCCCAGGGUUCCUUCCCUGUGACACAAAGGGACCCCUUGAGGUGCCACCCCGGGGUGUCCCUGUCCCUCUCACCCUCUGGGACAGGUGGUGAAGCCAAGCUGGGUGGCCUCAGGCCUGGUGAGUCCCUCUGUCCCCAGUCCCAUCUCCAAUCCUGUCCCAAUCCCUGCAUGUCCUGGAGCCGCUUGCCCAUGUCACCUGUGUCCCCUGGGAACGGUGACAGGGUGGCACUGGGGUCUCUGAUGUCACCUGUGUCCCCUGGGAAUGGUGACAGGGUGGCACUGGGGUCUCUGAUGUCACCUGUGUCCCCUGGGAACGGUGACAGGGUGGCACUGGGGUCUCUGAUAUCACCUGUGUCCCCUGGGAACGGUGACAGGGUGGCACUGGGGUCUCUGAUGUCACCUGUGUCCCCUGGGAACGGUGACAGGGUGGCACUGGGGUCUCUGAUGUCACCUGUGUCCCCUGGGAACAGUGACAGGUGACACCAGCAUCCCCUGUGUCACCUGGGGGGUGCAGGGGGUCCCUGAAUGGCACCAGGGUCUUUGGGGUCCCCUGUGUUGCUGGUGUCCCCUGGGGGUGGCACUGGGGGGUCUCUGGUGUCCCCAGGAGGUGUCAGGGACACCCCAAACCAAGGAAUGAGCCGCGAGAAAACGCUCGAUUUGCACUUAAACCUUCACGGGCCCUUACCCACUUUCUUCAUCCUCCUCAUCCCCACCUUCCUCCUCCUCCCCCUCACCUUCCUCAUCCUCCCCCUCACCUUCAUCCUCCUCCUCACCUUCCUCCCCCUCACCUUCUUCAUCCUCCUCCUCACCUUCUUCAUCUUCCCCCUCACCUUCCUCCUCUUCUUCCUCCUCUUCCUUUUCCUCCUCCUCCUCUUCCUCCUCUCCCUCACCCUCCCCCCCCCAUUCCCAAUGCUUUUCUUCCCAGUUUUUUAAGGUUCAAUGAGAUUUUUAAGGAAUUCCCAUUUUUUCCCUGAAUUUUUGGCCCUUUCCUCAACAUUCCCAACUCUCUCGUGCAAUUCCCAGACUCCGCCUCCCUGAAUUGGGGGCGGGGAGAGAGACUCCCACCCACCCCUUAAAGCAAUUGGGGGGGCCCCCAAGCAACCCCUGAGUUGGGGGAAGGAGGAUCCCACCCCUAAUUUAGAGAGAGGGGACCCCCCCCACCCAUUCCCUAAACAUGGGGGGACCCCACACCACCCCUGCACUGAGGGUGACCCCUCUCUAACCCCCAAAAUUCAAAGAGCACUUACCAUGGGGGGAGGGUCAGACCCCCCCAGAAGGAGGCAAAAGAACAGUGGGGGUUUUACAAUUUUAAUUUUUUUUUUUUUAAUUUAGUGGGGUUUUAUGUCAAAUUUAUAAUUUUGGGGGUGCUUUUGUUGGUUUGACCUUUUUCAGCUGCCUCCACCCCCUUUCCACUCCCCAAACCCCCCUUUGCCCCCCUCAGAAUUCCCUUUUUCCCUCCAAAAUCCCCUUUUCUUACUCCAAAAUCCCCUUUUCCCCUUUCCCCCCCAAAAAAUCCCCUUUUCUCACCCCAGGAGCACUUUGACAAAUGUUUUUUUGGGGCUAAAACCUGAAGUUUUGGGUUAUUUUAGGGGUUUAUUUUGCUUUGGGGGAGUUAUUUCCCCCCACACACCACAGGGACCCCCCUCUGCCCCCCCCCAAGUGCCACUGACCCCCUCCCCGGGUGUCCUCGACAGGGAUGAGUUUUAAGUGAUAAAAUUGAUUCAAAACCUGUCAAAAUGGGGGGGUUUAACCCAGAAAAAAAAGAGACAAAACCUGGAAAAAAGAGAAAACCAAGUGCAAUAAUGGGGGGCCCGGGGGGGGUUUGAGGUGCCGAAUUCAUGGUGCUAUAAAGUGAAAUUCGGGGGGGGGGACACCCCUGUCGCCCCUCCCAGGGGGGUCUCAGCCCCGGGGGCUGCGGGCAGUUCCCCCCCCCAAAAAUGAUCCUUUCCCCCCUCCCCCCAAAUGAUCCUCCCCCCCCCAGAUGAUCCUCCCACACACCCCAGAAUGGACCCAAACCCUUUCCUGGGGGGGGGUGAUGACAAUGCCCCACCUUCCUUCCCCAUAUUGACCCUACCCCAAUCCCAAACUGACACCACCCCCCCCCCUUCCUGGGAUCCCAGCCAAUUCCCUCCCUGCCAAAAGUGACCCCAGGCCACACACCCUUCCCCCCAAAAUUCCCCCCCAACCCCAUUCCCAAAAUCCCAAGGGGGGGUUGGAUCCAUCCCUUCCCCCCCCAUUUCCCAGCACAGGUUCCUCCCUAUUUUUAUUAUUAUUAUUAUUAUUCUAAUUAUUAUUAUUUUUGGCUUGCCCCACCCCGCCCCCAGGGCUAUGAUAUCCCAGAGAAUUCCCAUUUUUUAUUCCCCCCCCCCGGCUCUGAAUUGAGGAUUUUUCCUGCUUUUUUUCCAGCUUUAGGGGUAGAUUUUUCUGCUUGUGAAAACGCUUCUUUUUGGUUUUUUUUUGGUUUUGUUUUUUUGGGGGGAGGGAGGGGGUUGUUUUUUUUAAUUUUGUUUCCUCCAAAGGCAAAUCCUGUCCUGGAUUCCCUCGGAAUUCCCAAAUUCCUGCCCACCCCCCAAUCCCGUUUGCUUCCGCUCUCGCUGCCGAUAUAACCAGGACUCGUCCGUGUAUAUAUAAAAAAAAAAAAGAAUGAGCUGUUUCCUGU